AAUCUAAUGAAACUGAUCCAGGUUACCCUGACCUCUGACCGAUUUGGGUUACUCUGACCUCUAAUUUCCAUGUGGUGAACCAUAGGAUGGGAAGUACAGCACAUAAAAUAUCAACAGAAUUGUAAAUUAAAUUAACCAAGAUGUCUAAGUUUGGCCUGUUAUUAUGGAAAAACUACACACUUCAAAAGCGCAAGGUAUUUGUGACUUUAUUAGAGAUUGGCCUGCCGACAUUCUUCUCAUUGAUUCUGAUCUUCAUCAGACAACGUGUCAUCACUAACUUGGUCACAAACUCAACUACAUGGGAGCCCUACGAUAUCGCCAACCUGCCCUCCGGUUUGGCAGGCCGAUUAAACCACCUAGCUUAUGCACCUAAUGAACCUGUCAUAGACAGAAUUAUGGAAAGAGUUGGGAAAAAACUUCAGCUUAAUAUAACAGGUCUAGGCUUUCCUUCUGAAGAUGAACUUGUUACUUUCAUGAAAUACGACAAUGGAACCACCAAACAGGUUCUGGCUGCAGUCAUAUUCAACUCUUUGCUGCAAAAUGGAACAUUUGUGAACAACAUAAGUGUGAGCUUGCGGUUUAAAUCUACUCCGCAGAAUGCUGACAAACCAAAAUUCCAUAUAAACCCAUUUGAGCAAGAUUCGAGCUGGAACACUGAGUUUCAGUUCCCAUUGUUCCAGAGAAUCGGGCCGAGAGAAAUCAAGAAACCCUGUGGAGGGCAGCCAGGGUAUAUGAGGGAGGGAUUCCUCCCAUUGCAGCUAGCUGUCAAUGAGGAAAUCAUUCAAGAGAUCUCAGGAAACACACCUGAUAUUAAGGUUGAGAUGCGCAGAUUCCCCUACCCUCCCUACAAUGACGAUCCCUUUGUGUUGGUGCUCCAGCAACAGUUCCCAUUGAUCCUCAUGCUCAGCUUUGUCUUUAUUGCCUUGAACAUUGUCAAAGACGUAGUCUAUGAAAAGGAACGUAAACUUAAGGAGUCCAUGAAGAUGAUGGGGAUGAACAAUUGGUUACAUUGGACAGCAUGGUUUGUGAAAUACUUCGUUUUCCAGCUGAUUACUGUUGGAAUCAUGACCAUCUUCUACUGUAUAAAGAUCCCACCUAAAGGCAGCGUGAUUGGCUACUCAGCCUGGAGCGUGAUCUUCAUGUUUCUCAUCAUCUAUUCCAUGACUACCAUCAUGUUCUCCUUUGCUAUCAGCGUCUUCUUCUCUAAAGCAAAUUCUGCAGCUGCUGCGGGAGGAAUUCUCUUCUUCAUUUCCUACAUUCCAUAUUUCUUCCUGCAACCUCGCUAUGAUACUCUACCUCUAUAUGUGAAGUUGAUCUUCUGUCUUAUUCCCAAUGUUGCCAUGGCAUUUGGAGGCCAGGUCAUAGGAAUGUUUGAAGGAACAGGUAGUGGAGUUCAAUGGAGCAACCUAUCAGUGGGUGUCUCAGUUGAUGACAGCUUCACUAUGCUGCAAGUGUGGCUCAUGUUGCUUAUAGACUGUGUGCUAUAUGGAGCUAUAGCAUGGUAUGUGGAGGCUGUUUUCCCCGGAGAGUAUGGGGUACCUCAAAGAUGGUACUUCCCAUUUACAAAGACCUACUGGUGUGGAGGGAAGUCUAUGAUGAAUGAAGAAAGCAGUGAAUAUACCCCCCUACUACAUGGGACUGAACAGAACUCUGCCUACUUUGAAGAUAACCCAGUUGGCAUUAAAGCUGGCAUUCAGAUACGCAACCUUAGAAAGGUGUUCAAAGAAGGCACUAAGAAAGAGCAUGUUGCUGUGGCAGGAAUGACAUUAGACAUGUUUGAGGGUCAAAUAACAGCACUCCUAGGACACAAUGGGGCAGGCAAGACAACCACUAUGUCAAUGUUGACAGGAUUUAUCCCCGUGACAAGUGGCAUGGCAAAUGUUAGCGACUAUGACAUCACAACAAAUAUAGAUGGCGUUCGCAGCAGUCUUGGAAUUUGUCCUCAACAUGAUGUUUUAUUUGACACUCUUACUGUUGAUGAGCACUUGCGUUUCUUUGCCAAGUUGAAAGGGUGCAAGGCCAGUGCUUUGGAUCAGGAGGUGAAUACUAUGAUACAAUCUAUUGGUUUAACCAGUAAACAACAUGAGUUAGCCAAGACACUUUCUGGUGGACAGAAGAGAAAACUUUCAAUGGGUAUUGCUCUGAUAGCUGGUUCUAAGGUAGUCAUCCUUGAUGAGCCUACCUCAGGAAUGGAUCCAGAUGCACGUCGACAUGCAUGGGAUAUCCUCCAAAGUCACCGUGCUGGCCGCACCCUCCUUCUCACGACACAUUUUAUGGAUGAGGCGGACCACCUUGGGGACAGGAUCGCAAUCAUGGCUAAUGGUGUUGUACAGUGCUGUGGCUCAUCGUUGUUUCUAAAGAAUAAAUAUGGUGCUGGUUACCAUAUGAUUAUCGUUAAGCAACCUCAUUGUGAUGUCACGAAACUCACAAAUAUCAUCAACAGAUAUGUCCCGAUGGCUCGUUUAGAGAGCAACAUCAGCGCUGAAGUUUCGUACAUUCUCCCACGUGAGGAAAGCCACAAGUUUGAAGAGCUCUUCACAGAUCUAGAAACCAAUAAAGAGGCAUUAGGAAUUGCAAGUUAUGGUGCAUCUGUUACUACUAUGGAGGAAGUCUUUCUAAGGGUAGGUGAGCAGACGGAUGAUGACUUGAAAGAGAGGCUACAGGACAAUGGCAUUAAAAAUCAAUAUGGGAGCCUCCCAAAAGAUGUGGCCAUCAAUUCAGGUGGAUCUUCAAGCUCUGCAAGCAGUCAGAAUGGUGGUACAGGCUUGACAUUUGAUGUUACAAGAUUCAACUAUGGACCAGUACUUCUCAGCCAGCAAGUUGUAGCAAUGUUUAAGAAGCGUAUGUUGCAUACAUUCCGGAAUCAGUUAAUAACAUUGACGCAACUACUCAUUCCACUGUUCUUUACGAUAUCUGCUCUGAUUGUUAUUAAGACUCUCCCGGGCCCCACUGAUUCCCCUUCUCUGGUUCUGUCCCUUGAUAAGUUUUCAAGGAACUAUGUCUCACUAGGGACGUCACCAAGUUCGAGUUUCACGAUGAACAACGUGUCGCGCAUCUACGAGAGUCAGUUCUUACAAAAGAAGACCAGCACACGGGUAGUAAAUGUAGACACACUGACACCAUACAAAUAUAUCGAUAACAACGUUGAAAUGUUCCUAGAGGAUGAAGGGAUAAAGAGCAUUGCAACAUACAAUGAUGAGUAUUUGAUAGCUGCUCAGUUCCACACUGAGCAUACCAUGAAGGACAACAAGACCAUCAACAAGGACAUUAUUAGGACUGAGUUCAAUGACCAGGGUUACCAUACACCAGCCAUAGCACUACAGUAUGUCAGUAAUGCCAUGCUCAAGUAUUUUACCAACUCUAACUACACUAUUGAGGCUACCAAUGCUCCCCUGCCACGUACACUAAAAGAACGGUUAGGAGAAAACUCGAAUAUGAAGGUUGCAACGACGGGAUUCACCGUAUCUUUCAAUGUGCUAUUUGGAUUCGCCUUCCUAGCUAGUAGCUUUGUGUUGUUUUUGAUCAAAGAGCGACAAACUAAAGCAAAGCACAUACAGUUUGUCUCAGGCGUUCAUUCAGUUAGCUUCUGGUCAGCUACAUUCCUUUGGGAUUUCCUCAAUUAUUUGAUUCCUGUCAUCUUGCUACUUGUCACAUUUGUGGCAUUUAAAAUGGAUGCAUAUACAAGUGGAACCAACCUAGGGAGCAUACUGUUAUUGUUUGUGGUAUAUGGCUGGGCUAUGCUCCCUAUGAUGUAUCUGAUGUCAUUCAUAUUUGAUGUCCCAUCCACUGGUUUUGUCUGGAUCACAAUGUGGAAUAUUCUCUCAGGCAUCGCUACCAUGCUUGCUGUCAAUAUCCUCUCAAUACCACAGCUACAAACAGAAGAUCUAUCAAAGACGCUAGAUUGGAUCUUCAUCACUCUGCUACCAAACUAUGGCCUGGCCCAGGGACUACUUGAUUUCUACAUGAACUAUGAGUACAUAACGAUUUGUAGCGACCCAAUUGUCAAACAACUGUGUGGCAUAGGAGCAACUCUUCCGUGUUGUAAAGGUAACUGUGGUGAUAACUGUUUGGACUUCCAGUACAACUAUCUUUCAUGGGAGCGCAAUGGGAUUGGUCGAAUGUUGGUAUUCAUGGGACUACAAGGGUUCCUGUAUUUUGCUAUUUUGUUCCUCAUGGAGUCCCAGCUUUUACGUGAACUCUGGUACUCAAUUAAAUCUGCCGUUGAUCAGCGUCAGACCAAUGGUCAGGAACAUUAUCAAACAGACAAUAAUGCCUUCAUCACUGAGGACAGUGACGUGAAAAAUGAACGUGAAUUGAUGGCUAGUACACCUAUAAACUACCUGGUAGAAAAAUAUUCCCUAGUUAUAAAGAACCUAACCAAAUAUUAUGGAAGCUUGAGGGCUGUAAACCAAUUGAAUGUUGGUAUAUCUCAGGGAGAUUGUUUUGGCCUCCUGGGCUUGAAUGGAGCAGGAAAGACUUCCACAUUUAAGAUGAUGACGGGGGAUGAGACUGUUAGUGGAGGAACAGCAUACCUCGGAGGAUAUGACAUAAGGCAUAGCAUUGGUAAGGUGCAGCAAAUGUUGGGCUAUUGUCCCCAGUUCGAUGCUCUGAUAGAUCAGCUGACUGGCAGAGAGACUCUACAGAUGUAUGCCAGGCUGAGGGGAAUACCUGAGAGUGAGAUUCCACGAGUUGUUAAUGGUUUAAUCUCAUCUUUGCUGCUGGAACAACACGCAGACAAGCUUUCCGGAGAAUACAGUGGGGGAAACAAGAGAAAGUUAAGUACCGCUAUUUCAUUGGUUGGUAAUCCACCAAUCCUGUUCCUUGAUGAACCUACAACUGGAAUGGAUCCUGUUGCUAGGCGACUGCUAUGGGAUACUUUAUCGAGAGUGAGAGCUAGUGGGAGAACACUUGUGUUGACUUCACAUAGCAUGGAAGAGUGUGAGGCACUUUGUACCAGGAUCGGGAUCAUGGUAAAUGGAGUGUUCAAGUGCUUGGGGAGUACACAGCAUCUGAAGAAUAAGUUUGGCGAGGGUUACACCCUUAUUGCUAAGAUAGGCUACCCUAAAGACGGAGGCUUGCCCAAUACACAACCCCUUAUGGGAUUCAUAGAGGGUACAUUCCCUGGCUGUAUAUUGAAAGACAUGCACCAAGGAAUGCUACAUUAUCAUAUAACAAAUACUGACUUAUCAUGGGCCGCAAUAUUCGGCACCAUGGAGCGAGCAAAAGUGCAGUUUAAUAUUGAAGAUUAUUCAGUCAGUCAAACAACAUUAGAACAAGUGUUUAUUAACUUUGCACGGGCGCAGGUACCGCCACAGGAUAUGAAAUCAGGAUGUUGCAAAGGUUGUUGUAUAUUUUUUAAUUAUUGCUGUUGUAGUUGCCAUAGUGACCAUGAAGAGCUGGUCUCUGAGGAAAUAGCUUGAGUUAAAAAGUGAUAUUGUACCUGAAUUCAACACAUAGAUAAUAAGUAUCACCUUCUCUUGUAGCUAGAAUAAUGUACAUUCCAUUGUCCAUUAGAAACGUCAGUGGAAUUUUCACAAUUAUUUAUUUGUGUAAACAUUGAAGUAUUGUGUAAAUUAUGCCAUUUUUGAUAUUUACCAGUAAAGCAUAUUGCAGUAAAAAGGGUGAUUCCUUCUUUUACGACAAAUUAUUGAAUCAAUAUAAGGAUUUUUCUUAUAAUAUUGAUUGAAGGAGAGUCAAAUAAUGAUAUGUAAUUCCCUAAUGCAAAAACAGUAAAAUUUGUAUAGUUAGUUGCAGUACCUUAAAACAGUGCUCUGCUUGUAGGGGGAGAAGGGGGGGGGGUAUUCUUACAGAUGUAACGUUACAAGUUUUACUGUAACAUGUUGCCAGUAGAUAUUCAAAAGAGACAAAUCAGCUGCUGACUCUGCUGAAAACAAUAUAUUAUAUGAUUAAGUAGAUAAAGUAAAAUGCUUUAAACACUUGUGAUAUUAUUUGAUAUCAUAAUUUCAACAUUUUUUCUAAGCAUCCAUUGAAUGGAGUUGAAGGCUCUCCAUGUCAUCAGUUAGUCCAUCCACCUAUUUAUCUGGGCUAAUUAUCACUAAAUUAAAAUUACAGGACGCUGAAGAGGUAUUACAUAAAGGUGUCUCAAGAAUCCUUUAUCAUUGUAUAUUAGAAAUUUUAAAGCAUGUGUACAAUGUACAUGUACUUAUGCAUUAUCAUAACGUGUUAUAACAAUACACGUAUAUGAAGGCCAUGCAGUUCUUAAUGAAAUCAUAACCCUCAGUUAUCAAAGCAAUGAUUUGAAGUUGAUUGGCCGUGACAUACCUGGCAUAUUUGAAUAUGUAAUAAUGCAUUAUAUAUAAUAAGUAUUUUAUAUGUAUGUAUAUUUUUGAGUAUGGACAUAAUU